AUGGUGGUGAUUCCAGGUAAAAGAGAUUCAUCCAUAGUCAGUAUAAUGGAAAAUUCUAAGACCUGUGACUCUUUUCAACAUGAACUUCAGGAUUACAUCAGAAAGCAGAGAGCCAGAGGAUUAAAGCCAGAGGUUUGCUUUAGAAAGGGGACAGAAGACUCUGCAUACAGAGAAAGUGACCACACAGCACCCAGACCUCCAGUUCUGGAGCAGGGCUUCCCCUUCAGGCAGCCCCACAAGUCCUGUGGUUCCUACAAAAGGCCGAAAACAGUGGAAAGCCACUCGUCUCCACUGUCCAGUAGUCAUCACUUGAGACAAAGACUGGAACCUGUUAGUCACUGUCAGAAAAAACACGACCAUUUCUUCAAUAACUGGUGGUUUCCAAGGCCUCCUGUGCAAGGAAUGACCACUGGUCCCCACGCCACACAACACAAAGAUGAGGCUAGCUGCAUCUCAGAGUACCUCACCAGCAUCCAUCAAGAUAGAGAUCAAGACAGAGGCUGGAAGAGAAGAUCCAGGGAAAAGGAAGGAGUAGGACAUGGUGGCGAGGAGCAGGCAGAGUGGAAGAGGAAGAACCAUGAGGAUGGAGAUUCCUACAAAGAGAAUAGAAGGAAGGCCAAGGUGGAGCCAGGCAGCACAGAGAAGUCCAAACACAGAAAGAGCACCCACGAUUGGGACACCAGGAAGGAGAGGAGAAGGUCCAGUAGAGAGAAGAAGCAUCCUGGCAAACACAACGCCCAAGAGUGGGACUUGUGGGAUGAAGCUAUCCUUGGCGGUUGUUACUGA